AUGGCAGAACCCAAAGACUGGAUUUCUCCUGCUAACCUCUUCCUCCAAACCCAGGUCUAUCGUCUGGGAACCAACCACGGCCUUUGCUCUCUCCCGUUAGGCCCUGAACGAGACUUUCUCCUCCUCACCUGGGGCCCUGUUAUCUAUCGCACAACAUACGCCCCAGACUCUCAACGCCUCAUUCCCAUAUUCCUCCGUGCUUUGAACGAAGAGAUUCGCAAGGCCCUCCCACGAUGUCUCCCUGGUAGUCCGGACCAGAUCCGUCAGCUGGAACGGACUUAUUCCUCUAAAGUCUUCAGCUCCCAAGAGACAUACCAUGGGGUUGACGAGAUAAUCAUACGUGAAGCUUUUCAUGACUGGAAGAUUUCUUUGGCCUUGACUUCGAGUGAUCUACCAGUUCGACUGCGGAUGUGUCUUCUUGUCGAUGAUGGAGUUCUCUCGUUUCUCACGGGGAUGCUGGAUUCGUCGACUCUGGUAGAAAAGGAGCCGGAUUUCUCCAAGUGUCCUGUGAAGGUUAUCGAGGAGAAUUUUCUUGCUUUGAAUCAUGUUGAUUCAAAUUCAACGGAGGGAAAAUAUUUGGGCUGGACGACAGUGACAUUGUCUUCGCUGGUGGAGAUAUAUAACGGAAUGCAACAAGGGAAAUGUCUGGCAGAUUAUCACAAAGAGGGACGUGUAUAUCUGGGGGAUAAUAAAUGGAAAUGA